CAGACCGAAAGGUCCCAGGUUCAAAUCCCGGGAACGGAGUGAGCGCCCGCUGUUGCUCCAGCUUCUGCCCUGCCAACCUAGUAGUUUGAAAACAUGCCAAUGUGAGUAGAUCAAUAGGUACCGCUCCGGCGGGAAGGUAACAUGACCUUGGAAGUGUCUACUGACAAUGCUGGCUCUUCGGCUUAGAAAUGGAGAUGAGCACCAACCCCCAGAAUCAGACAUGACUGGACUUAACGUCAGGGGAAAACUUUUACCUUUACCUUUAAUAAGACAAGUGCAUAGGUCAUAUGGCAGCAAUAAAGAUAAGAGCAAUAGUAAAGUGCGAGGACAGGUUUUUGGUCCCAUCUGGGGCUAGCUAUGAGUUGUCUACUUAGAGGCACAGUGGAACAUCCACGUUUUUAACUCUUUUCAAAAAGUGGACAUGCUAUGAAAUACAGUUGGAAAAGGUUUGAUUUGGACAUAUUUAUUUAUUUAUAACAUUUCUACCCCGCCCUUCUCACCCGAGGGGACUCAAAUGCUGAAGAGGAGUGCAUCUACAGUGCAGAAUUAAUGCAGUUUGAUACCACUUGAACUGCCCUGCAUCAAUACCAUGGAAUCAUUGAAGUUGGAGUUUCACAAUUUCUUUAAUUUCUGCUAAAGGAUGCUGAUGCCUCACCAAACUCUUGUAAUUACAUACCAUUGAGGUAUGGCAGUUCAGAUGGUAUCAAACCGUGUUAAUUAUAUAUUCUAGUUCUAUAUUGCUAGAAGUCUCAUGCGCAGAAUUAAUGCCAUUUGAUACUACUUGAACUGCCCGGGAUCAAUACUAUGGAAGCGUAGGAGUUGUAGAUUUAUUGUGGGAGUUGAAGUCCAAAACACCUGGAGGGCCAAAGUUUACCCAUGCCUGGCAUAGAUGCAUCCUAGGUAUAUAUUCCUAGAAGACAUUUUGGAGAAACUCUCAGGCUGGGAACCUGAGGCAGGACAGGGGGCCUCUCUCUCUCGCCCUUCCCGCGUGGCCCAUUGUGAAGACAGCAGGCCUAGGAGGGGCCUAGAGAGACCUGCAAGGCCUGAGGCUCCCCACACUCCUCCCAAUAGGAAGGCAAGCAGGGGCUGCAGAGGCCGCAAGGCCUACCCACGUCCCAGUCCCCCAAGGCCGGCCUCCCCUCAGCAACAUAGAGAUUGGUGGCAAACCACCGGCCAGAUUGAGGAUCUGCCUCAUGGAGACAGAAGACAAGGCCGGCCAUAAGUCUGCCUCAGGGCUGCUCCAAAGCACCCAGCAGAGGAAGCCAAGGGAGGCAGAGGCCUUAUCUUCAUUUUCCUAAGAGAUAUUCUUAAGGAAUGGUGACAGGAUUUGUGACAGGAGCAAGUGCCUGAACAUUGUUGACGGAACAAAGUCUGUCGUAAAAUACUGGUUAAAUGAAACCAAGGGUUUCUUUUUGUAUGUGUUUGUGCACACACAGCUGCCUCGGUUACUCCAUUGUGCCACCAUUUCUGCCCAAGACACAGCCUGGCACAAGCAAAGAUGGAGCAGAAAGGGUGGCCCCUUUUCAUGGCCUUGCUGCUGCUCCUUGGCGUGAAGGGGAGCCUUGUAAAGCUCCGCAAUGGUGGAUAUGAAGAUGUCGUGAUAGGAAUUGACCCUAAAAUAGCGGAAAAUGUCAAAAUCAUUAACAGCAUAAAGGAGAUGUUUAAAGAGGCUUCAUCUUUUCUCUUCCAUGCUUCACAACAGAGGUUUUAUUUCAGGACUAUAAAAAUUGUAAUACCUUCAACAUGGGCCUCCAAACCUGAAUAUGGAAGGGUAUCCAGAGAAUCUUAUGAGAAUGCUGAUAUCAUAGUGGCGGAACCUUUCGUGAAAUAUGGAAAUGAUCCUUACACUUUGCAGUAUGGAGGGUGUGGCAAAAAGGGACGCUACAUUCAUUUCACCUCCAACUUCCUGAUAGAUGAAUCUUUGGUCUACAUCUAUGGGCCACGAGGCAGAGUCUUAGUCCAUGAGUGGGCUCAUCUCAGAUGGGGUGUCUUUGAUGAAUACAGUAAUGAUGCACCUUUCUAUUCUACUGGAGCAAACAAGUCUGAAGCAACAAGAUGUGCAGCUGGUAUCACUGGCCAAUAUAGAUUUCAAACUGGUACAGCCGAAACCAGAAAUUGCAGAAUUCAACGCCAAACUGAGCUUUAUGAGCCUGGAUGCCUGUUUAUUCCUCAUAUAAAGCAAACUUCGCCGGUAUCGAUAAUGUUCAUGCAAAGUCUGCCUUCAGUUUCUCAGUUUUGUGACAAAAGUAAUCAUAAUCUUAUGGCACCAAACAUGCAGAACAAAAUGUGCAGCUACAAAAGCACAUGGGAAGUGAUUAUGAACUCUGCUGAUUUUGUCAGUUCACGCGCAUUAGGUGCUCCUCCUUCUGACCCCACAAUUAAUUUGAUGAAAAUGCAGGAGAGAUCUGUGUGUCUAGUUCUUGAUACUUCUGGAAAGAUGGGAAAGGACAAUCGCCUUGGUCGGCUGAACCAAGCUGCAAAACUGUUUCUUCUCCAGAUUAUUGAAAGUGGAUCCUGGGUUGGAAUUGUAACAUUCAAUAACGAAGCAGCCACCAAGACUUUAUUGCAAAAGAUUGUCAAUGACGGAGUGCGCCAAACUCUUACAAGCUAUCUUCCUACCACAGCCGCUGGAGAAAGUAAAAUAUGUGAUGGAGUGCUUGCAGGAUUUCAGGUAUUUCUGAAUAAAUAUCCAAGUUCAGAAGGCUGUGAAAUUGUGCUUUUGACACAUGGUGAAGAUCCGGCCAUACGUUCUUGUUUUCCUCAGAUUCAGAACAGUGGGUCUAUAAUUCAUACCAUUGCUUUUGGUUCAGGGACUUCAAAUGAACUAGAAAAGUUGGCAGACAUGACAGGAGGUUUGGCAUUUUAUGCCACAGAUAGUUUGGAUUCCAAUGGCCUCAUGGAUGCUUUCAGUGGGAUUUCAUCUGGAGGUGGAGAUAUCAGUCAACAAUCUAUACAGCUUGAAAGUAAGGCACAAAGCAUUGGUGGUAUGAAAUUGAUGAGUGGUAUUGUUACUGUUGAUAAAACUGUGGGAAAAGACACUUUCUUUCUGAUUAUAUGGAGUGUAAGCACAAAUCCACCAGAAAUUUCCCUAACAGAUCCCAAAGGAAAGAAGUACACAAAAAAAGAUUUUGUAAUUGAGAAUUCCAACAUCCGAACAGCUAGGCUGAAGAUUCCUGGAACUGCAAUGACAGGAAGCUGGGUUUAUUCAAUUCAGAAUAUUCACUCAGCAGCUCAAGUCAUUUCCAUAACGGUCACCACUCGAGCCGCAUCUGUCACUGUUCCUCCAGUGACUGUGAAGUCCUACAUGAGUAACAGUAGCAUCAGUUUUCCUAAUCCAAUGAUCAUUUAUGCAGAAGUCAGCCAAGGAUUUUUGCCAGUUAUUGGAGCCAAAGUCAUGGCCACAGUUGAAUCCACAUCUAAUAAACCUGUAGAGCUAAAGCUACUUGAUGAUGGUGCAGGUGCUGAUAUAAUAAAGUAUGAUGGGAUCUAUUCAAGGUAUUUUACAUCAUUCAAAAAUAAUGGCAGAUACAGCAUCAAAGUGAGUGUCCAUGGAGAAGACAAGGUUGUUAGAAGGACCCAUAGGCAAAGUCAAGCUAUAUAUUUGCCGGGUUUUAUAGGAGAUGAUGGUACAAUACAUUUGAACCCACCAAGACCUGUAAUUAAUGUUACAGAUACCAGUUUUGGCUUAGGAAAUUUUGACAGAAUAUCAUCAGCAGGUAGUUUUAUGGUAACAGGUGUUCCUGGUGGAGGUGGAGGAGAUGGUGGUGGUGGUGGUGGUGGUGGAGGAGGAGGAGAUACAUACAAAGAUGUCUUCCCACCAAAUAAAAUAACCGAUCUUGAAGUAAUAUUCAAUGAGAAUGAUGAAUUCAUUUUGACUUGGACAGCCCCUGGGGAUGAUUAUGAUUUUGGACAAGCUGACAGAUAUGAAAUAAAAAUGAGUGAACAUCCAUUAGAUUUAACGGAAGCUAACUUUCCUAUUGCCACCUCUUUGAACACUUCUGAUUUGAUACCUGAAAAUGCUGGAACCAAACAGUCAUUUCGAUAUAAACCAGGAAAACUCUCAAAAGAAAAUGGCACCUCUUUCUACUUUGCCAUUCGUGCCAUCGAUGGCAGCAACAAUGUUGCAGAAGUAUCCAAUAUUGCAAGGGCCACUCUGUUUCUUGAUGCACCACCUACUACUCCUACUACCCCAACUAUUGUUACUCCCCGUGGUCUAUCCAAAUACAUUACCAUAAUUUUGAGCAUAGUAUGCACCAUUGUCAUUCUUUCUGCCAUUGCUGGCACAACAUUAUAUAUUUUAAAUAAGCGUAAAAAAAGGCAUCCUGCAAGCACUCACACUAUAACUAGCGUGGAACAAAUGAAUGUUCUGUGAAUAUCUACAUGUUUCCAUUCCAUUGGUGAGUUUCCAUAAAUUGUGUACAAAACAUCAACAGCUUAAAGCUGGUCUGCUUUUUAAAUGCAUAAUCUCAUGAAUGGCUGUAUUUAUCAUUAAAUGCACAAUGUGAAGGCACUGCCUAGAAAUCAAAUCUCAGAGGAGAGUGAUGGCAUAUGUUUAAAGAAUUGUUGCAGGAACGAAAUUUCUUCAGAGUUACAAUAAUAAACUGCUAAUUGAAUUUGUGAA